CUAGAUACAAAAUGCUGGUUCAUGUGCGAACCCAUACAAAUGAAAAGCCUCACCACUGCCUAGAAUGUGAUAAAAGUUUCAGUCGCGCCGAAAACCUCAAAAUUCACGCUAGAUCACACACUGGUGAACGCCCCUACGUCUGUACGGUCGAAGGUUGUGGAAAAAGAUACUCCAACUCCUCGGAUCGUUUCAAGCAUACCAGAACCCACGCCGUAGAUAAACCUUACUGCUGCAAGGUCCCAGGUUGCCCAAAGCGUUAUACUGACCCCUCAUCGCUCCGUAAACAUGUCAAAACUUAUCGUCACUAUGCCAAUAACAACGACAAAAUCCAAGAGAAAAGUUUUGACGAAAAUAAUAGUAGUCAAGAGUCAAAAUUCGAUGUAUCCUCCGAGGAACGAAGCAGUCGAGAAUCAGACAAAAAAGACUCGAGUAUGGAAAGUACAAUGACAAUAUCUUCUUCAGUGAGUCCGAGAGGUAGUUUGAGUUUCGAAGAGCAACGGAAAUUCGUGAAAUGGAACAACAUGUACAAUAUCCAAAGGCCUGAAGAACAGGAAUAUCUCACAUCGCCUGAGAGCUAUAAUUACGAAAUGAAAUCAUUUCCCAGAAUUUUUGAAGAAGCCAUCAGUACUACCGAAAGAAUUUCCAAUUCAUUGUUUCCUGGCCACGUCAUCGAUGACCAACCAAUCUCAACUUUACGAGACGAAGUUCCUCAUCAUAUCCCGAGGAUUACGACGCAGUCGACGCCAAUCAAAAUCGAGGACAAUUGUCAGUCCAAAGUUAUAGUAGACUACACAAAAAUCGAAUCAAUUAUGAACAGUACACCAUACAAAAAGGAAAACCCAGUGAGACAUUCCGUUAUCAAACGAGCUGAUAAUUUCAUGAAGAUGGAUAUAUCGGAGAAGCCCAAACAUGAAAAUGAGAAGGAGCCAUGCUGCUGUCGUCAUGCUUGCUGCAUCCACAAUAAUGAUCUUUCAGAGAAGACAAAAUUCUUGUCGAAUCUCAUUAUGCAGACGCAGAAUCCUUUAUUUAAGCAACUCUUGGGAUCUGUUGAUUUGAAAUAUGAACUGCAAAACAUGUGGACCAACGUCGAUUUUCGUGAGAGGAUGGGACCGGAUCUUAAAGUGAAAAGUCAGGGAGUUACCGAGAUGGAACAAGUUAUUCCACUCGACUUAACAAUGCACAAAUAAUCGGUCUAUCAGAGCCAAAUAUAUUUUUUAUGCACUUCGUUUUUUCUUCGCCAUGUAAUAGAUUAAUUAUUCAUGUUUACCUAAUCAAUAUCCGGAGUCCUAGCUGGUCUACGUCAUCGUUUCUCGUGUUCGGUUCUCUACGAAUGCCUCGGGAAAUGAUUACCUGAAGUUCGGUUUCUAUUCUCAAACUUUUGUCCCUUCAUCUCUUCUACUGUUCAAUUAUUGUUUUUUUCAUUUCCAUACGACGCAAUGAGAGAGUGAAUGCUCGAGAAGAAUACUUUAACUUGACUGCAAUACCAAAAAUAAUUAUUAAAAUUGUAUUUAAACAAUUGCUAUAAAAAAAUCAAAUAGAUUUCAUUUCGAUGGGACAGAAGUAUCAGAAUUUUGUUCAAAUUGUUCUUCUUAUUUUAACCAAGUUAAGUUUGCCAAUCGACCCACAUUUCUUCACUGAAAGUCCCUUUAUUUGUAUCAUACAUCGAUGCUAAGGAAAAUUUUUACAAAGAUUGGUCUGUUAAUCGGUGUACAUAAAAUGGAUGAUUGAGGAAUGCUCUUUAUGCCGUAACACGCAAAAUCAAUUUACUUAUGAGAAAUGUGCUCUGCUUUAUUUUUGGAAGAAUCAACACUCAGUGCAUGAAUUGAUCAAUUGAUCAAUUAAUGUAUCAAUCAAUGUAUAUAAAAACCAUGAACAUCUAUGGCA